AUGACUUUAUCUAUCUAUCUAUCUAUCUAUCUAUCUAUCUAUCUGUCUGUCUGUCUGUCUGUCUCAAGCUCUUUAUCUCUCUCAGUCUCUUGUCUUUAUUUGUCUCUGUCUAUCUAUAUAUUUAAAUAUAUAGCUCAUUUAUCUAUCUAUCUAUCUAUCUAUCUAUCUAUCUAUCUAUCUAUCUAUCUAACCACACACAAAUUUGAUAACUGUUUUCUAUCUAUCUAUCUAUCUAUCUAUCUAUCUAUCUAUCUAUCUAUGUCUGUCUGUAUGCCUGUCUAUCACAGGCUCUUUACCUCUAUCUGUCAAGAAAGUGACCCUUAUCUAUCUAUCUAUCUAUCUAUCUAUCUAUCUAUCUAUCUAUCUAUCUAUCUAUCUAGUCUGCUCGGUUCAUUUGUUCCUGCCUAUACCCUCAGUUUUUCUUUUGUUUUUUUCUCAUUCAAUCAUUUGUUCUUUCUUUCUUUCUUUCUUUCUUUCUUUCUUUUUUUCUUUCUUGUUUUCUUCUUUCUUAGUUCUGGUCGUUUCUUCUUGCAAUCGUUCAUUCUUUCUUUCUUUCAAUGGCUCAUUCUUUCUUUCUUUCAAAUCACGACUCUCUCUGCCUACCCGUCCGAUCUCUGGACGGUCCUCUCCGCUCACCCAUCUAAUAUUAGGACAUUGUCAUACAUAUCUAAUCACCGGAUGUUCCUACUUACCCACCGAUAUAAUUUUAGGGCGUUCCUCUUUGACCUCCGAUAUAAUCUUGGGAUUUUUCCUUUCUGCCUAUCUGUCUCUUACUCGUUGCCAACGUAUUUAAUAUCGGAAUAUUUCUAUCAGCCCAUUUGCUUUUGUCUUUCUCUCUUUUUCUCUUAUGUUCGCUUUGUCUCUCUGUAUUUCUCUUUUAUCUGUUUUUCUCGCCAUUUUUCUUUUAUUUACUUUCUCACGUUCUUUCUUUAUCUCUCAUUUUAUCGUUUCUUUUACUCCUUCUUUCUCCUUUUCUCUUUCAUGACUUUUAACACAGCCUUUCUCUUUUUUACUCUUUCUCCUUUUCUCUUUAAUCGCUUUUAUUUUUCCUUUUCUCGUUUCUUUACUCUCUCUUUCUCUUCUUUCAUUAUUUUUAUCUCUCCUUUACUUUCUCUUUAUUUUACCCUCUCUUUCCUUUACUCUCUCUUUCUCCUUUUCGCUUUUAUCGCUUUUCUCUCCUUUUUUCUUUCCUUUACUUUCUCUUUUCUUUACUCUCUCUUUCUCCUUUUCCCUUUUAUCGCUUUUGUCUCUCCUUUUCUCUUUCUUUUACUCUCUCUUUCCUUUAUUCUCUCUUUCCUUUACUCUCUCUUUCUCCUUUUCCAUUUUAUCGCUUUUGUAUCUCCUUUUCUCUUUCCUUUAUUCUCUCUAUCAUUUACUCUUUCUCUCUCUCCUUUUCCCUUUUACCGCUUUUGUCUCUCCAUUUCUCUUUCCUUUACACUCUCUUUCCUUUACUUUCUCUUUCCUUUAUUCUCUCUUUCCUUUACUCUCUCUUUCUCCUUUUCCCUUUUAUCGCUUUUGUCUCUCCUUUUCACUUUCCUUUACCCUCUCUUUCUUCUUUUCCCUUUUAUCGCCUUGGUCUCUCCUUUUCUCUUUCCUUUACUCUCUCUUUCCUUUACCCUCUCUUUCUCCUUUUCCCUUUUAUCGCUUUUGUCUCUCCUUUUCUCUUUCCUUUACUCUCUCUUUCCUUUACUCUCCCUUUCUCCUUUUCCCUUUUAUCGCUUUGGUCUCUCCUUUUCUCUUUCCUUUACUCUCACUUUCCUUUACCCUCACUUUCCUUUACUCUCUCUCUCUCCUUUUCCCUUUUAUCUCUCCUUUUCACUUUCCUUUACUCUCCCUUUUCUUUACUCUCCCUUUCUCCGUUUCCCUUUUAUCGCUUUUGUCUCUCCCUUUUCUCUUUCCUUUACUCUCCCUUUCCUUUACUCUCUCUUUCUCCUUUUCCCUUUUAUCGCUUUUGUCUCUCCUUUUCUCUUUCCUUUACUCUCUCUUUCCUUUACUCUCUCUUUCUCCUUUUCCCUUUUAUCGCUUUUGUCUCUCCUUUUGUCUUUCCUUCACUCUUUUUUUCUUUUACUCUCCCUCUCUUCUUUUCCCUUUUAUCGCUUUUCUCUCCUUUUCUCUUUCCUUUACUCUCACUUACCUUUAACUCUCUUUGUCCUUAUCCCUUUUAUCGCUUUUCUCAGUCCCUUUCUCUUUCCUUUACUCUAA